AUGGCUCCCAAAAAGAAGGCAACCCAGGGGGCCAAGGAGCCCGAGGUCAAGAAGAAGAAAGGUGGCAAGAAGGAUGCCAGCACGGCCAACAAGCCCAUGGAAACUUUAGGCGAGGAGAUCCGAGAAUUCUACCACAUCCAGAUCCGAGACCUGGAGGACAGGCUGGCCCGGUACCAGCGGAAGUGGGAUGAGCUGGCCGUUCAGGAGAAGCUGUUCCGCCAGGAGUUUGAGCAGCUGGCCAACAACAAGAAGGAGAUAGUGGCCUUCCUCAAGCGCACGCUCAACCAGCGCGUGGAUGAGAUCACGGACCUCAGUGAGCAGCUCCAAAGCCUGCAGCUAGCCAAGGAGAUGGAGAAGGACGCCUUUGAGGCACAGCUAGCCCAGGUGCGCCACGAGUUCCAGGAGACCAAGGACCAGCUCACCACGGAGAACAUCACCCUUGGGGGGAAGCUGGCAGCUCUGGAAGAGUUCCGGUUGCAGAAAGAGGAGCUCACAGAGAAGUUCGUGUCGCUGGAGGACCAGCUACGGAAGCAGGAGGGUGAAUACAAGGAUUACGUAUAUAACCUAGAGAAGAAGUCCGUGCUGGACAAGGACAGACUGAGGAAGGAGAUCAUCCAGCGUGUGAACUUGGUGGCCACCGAGUUCCGCAAGGUGGCCACUAACCAGAUGUGGGACACGACAAAGCGCGCCAUCAUGGAGAACAAUACGGUCACCCUGCAGCUGUCGAAGAUAUCCCGGCAAGGCAUGCAGCUGCUGCAGGAGAAUGAGCAGCUCAAGGGCACCCAGGACAAGCUGUGCAAACAGCUAGAUCUGUUGGAGAACACCCAGAAGGUCAUGGCCAGGCAUAGCAGAGGCCACCAUAAGGUCAUCCUCAUGCUGACCGAGAAGUGCCGCGAGCAGCAGCAGGGCAGGGCGGAGGCCGAGCGGCUGUGCCUCCGGCUGAGCCAACUGGAGCAGAGCCACGGGCAGCUGCAGCACGACCACCAGGCACUGAGAAGUCAGAGAGACCAGCUGAACCUGCAGCUGGAGAGGCAGCAGGCUAAGGCAGAAAGGCUACAGCGGGAGCUGACCGAAGAGCAGAAGGUUCGGGCAAGUCUGGAGACAGCCCUGGCCCAAGCCACCUUCUUCCUACAGGACAUUCUACAGAUGCAAUCCGAUGAGGAGGGUGGCGACUUUGAUGUAGUGUUCCAGCUACAGCUCAAGGAGAUGCUGCAGCAGCUGCUGACCAUGCUCAGCUCGGCCCUGGUCCUUAGCCCCCAGCUGGCUGUGUGUCCCCGUCGUAAGAGCCAGCCCCAUGGCCCACCCAAGGAGAGCCAGCCCAGCACCCAGCCCCCCAGGAUGGGGUCUCUGCCCCAGCAGCUAUCCAGCAACACACCCUACCAGCCAGGGGACCUGGGCCUGGUGCCUCGAAGGGCCCACAUCCCACCCAACCCUGAGGACCUCAGGCUGCUCUCACACACCACCCGUGUGGGAACCUUCCAACUGCACAGCUACCCUGAGAUCCACACCUCUGGUUCUCCAAAAAGGUUCAAAAAGUUUAGUCUUCCUGAAGUUUCUCUGCUUUCCAAGUAAGACACAGAGAGAAGACCAAUCCCCAUUCCAGAAGUGGACCACCAUGGCAACAGUCCCCUCUUUAAUUCACAGGCAGCUUGGGGCAGCCCAGAGAAGAGUUCUAUAAAAAGUAGAUACAAGUUGUCAUGACACCUCUGUGAAUGUGGCUGGGUGCGUGGGCAUGGUGGUCAGGCAGGCACGUGUCCACAGAUGACAAGGCCUGACGGGGGGCCCUGGCUUCGCUCACGGAUGUGGUCGAGGAGCAGGUCGGUAGCUCGCUCCAGCAAUGGAGGCAGCAGCUCCUGUUCAGCAGUGGAGAAACAGCCUAGCACGUGGGCCUGCACCGUGUCAGGGUGUGUCGGGCGCCCGAUGCCCACCCGCAGCCUCGGCAUUGCAUUGGAGUUGAGAAAGGUGAUGCAGGAACGGACCCCGUUGUGGCCCCUGGAGCUUCCCCCAAGCUUCAGAGACAGUUUCCCCAGGGGCUUGUCCAGUUCAUCGUGCACCAGGUAGACCUCCUCAGCAGUCAGCCCCAACAGCUCCGCUGGGCACAGACAACAGUGGCCCUGGUUACUGCCCAUCAGCCCAGGGGGGUGGUCCCGAUUCACAGCUCUCAUGAGGAGGGACCGCAAUUAACCCCAUUUCACUUACAAAGAAGCUGAGAUUCCUACAAGUACCGAAGGCCAUAUGCAGCAACUGGAGCUCAACAGGCACCUGGAGGUGAACAGAUCUGCCGCCGCCCAGAACCCCUUCUCUAGCCCCGGCGCCCUCCCGGCCGGCCUCGUCGGGAGCCCUCAACUCACCCGCCCGGGC